GGAAGCUAGAAAGGAGGCCACCUGCCGAGCGAAAUGACCCACAACCCACCACGCAAUUCUCUCCCAUCGCCAAUCCCCGAAACAUCAAGCUGAUACCUUGAAAAGGCCCUCGGAAACCUCUUUGCCCAAGUUGAAUUUGGCAAACCGCAACAGACGUACGAGUCAAUCACCCAAGCCGUUAUCUGUCCAGAAUUUUCCUUCUCAGCUUCCAUUGAGUUGCCUUGGGCGGACGAAGUCGGCCUAACCCCUUUCUUUUCGAUAAAAAUCGAGACUUUACUUGGGUAUAUUCUCUUCCGGACAGCAAAUUCUCCCCUGUUUUAUUGGAAGUAGGGUUGGAAUGAAUUGAGAGAGAGAGAGAGAGAGAGAGAGAGAGAGAGAGAGAGAGAGGAGGUUACGGUUAUGAGGUGGGCAUUAUGGUCGGAUCAAGACAAGGCGUGCCUUCUUCGUCGUCUUCAUGGAUAGGCGCCGUGACAACGAGAGUUGAUUUUGACGGUAAAGCGUCCUCUGUUGCGGAGAAGAUGGUCGGAGACGGCAAGGAGAACUUCUCAGAGAAAAAAUGCGUUUCAAACAUGGAGUUGGGUUUUGGAGAGAGGGCUUUCUCUGCGGCUGGCGCUGCCAUCAUCUCCGCGAUCAUUGUCAACCCUCUCGAUGUCGCCAAGACAAGGUUGCAAGCUCAGGCUGCUGGAGUCCCUUCUAAGGGGCUGUGUCACAUGUCCUCAUUCGAUUCGAAUGUGAUGCUUCCAGACUUAAGAAGUUAUACGUCAUGCACACGUUCCGUAUUUGACAAUGAACCAGUGUGCCCACCCGAAUGUGGCCGGUAUAAAGGGACUCUGGAUGUCUUCUACAAAGUCAUACGCCAGGAGGGAUUUGCAAGGCUCUGGAGAGGCACAAAUGCAAGCUUGGCUUUGGCGGUGCCAACUGUGGGAAUCUAUUUGCCGUGCUAUGAUAUCUUGCGCAAUGCGAUGGAAGGUUAUACAACAGAAUACAUGCCAAGCUUGACACCAUAUGUUCCAUUGCUUGCAGGCUCAGCUGCUAGAUCAUUAGCCUGUAUUUCUUGUUAUCCCGUGGAAUUGGCAAGAACGCGAAUGCAGGCAUUCAAAGAAAUGAAAAAUGGUCCAAAACCUCCAGGAGUUUUGAAGACAUUGCUUGAGGUCAUUAAACCUAUCCGAAGCACAAACAGCCUUCAAAAUUUACAAACCUACCGCCUUCUGUGGACUGGUCUUGGAGCACAACUCGCACGUGAUGUUCCUUUUUCUGCAAUUUGCUGGUCAAUUCUCGAGCCGACCAGGCAGAAAAUCUUUGAAAUGGUUGCAGAGGAAUCUAGUGCAGCCAUUGUCCUUGGUGCAAAUUUUUCCGCUGGUUUAGUGGCCGGAACGAUUGCAGCUGCUGCGACUUGUCCGUUGGAUGUGGCAAAGACAAGGCGGCAGAUUGAGAAGGAUCCCACAAGGGCAUUAAACAUGACGACAAGACAAACUUUAGCUGAAAUAUGGAGGGAUGGUGGAAUGAAAGGACUGUUUGCCGGAGUAGGACCUCGAGUUGGUCGCGCCGGUCCAUCGGUUGGAAUAGUCGUGUCUUUCUAUGAAGUCGUCAAGUAUUGUUUACAUCACAGACACAUUAAAGAUGGUGGAAGGGGAUAGGUACUCUUGCAGGUCCUUUUAUCGUUCAUCCCUAGACCAGUCGAGUUCGACCUCAGCCAUCGAUCUAAGAUUGACACUGCAUCUGACAAUGCGAAGAGGAAUAUGAACAUGAUACAAAAGCGGAAUCGAUUGUCAGCGCACAUGCAAAAUUGCUCAUUUUGCUUCGUCGAUUCGUCACCCGGGGAUAUAUAUGUCCAAGCACCUGGUGCAUCUAAUAAUUCAUUUUGGUCAUUAAUGUCGAAACACGCUCAAUGCUUCAUGGCAUAUGGCAAAUUGUGGUACGAGAAUUGAAUUUUAUUUUUUUUGGAUUAUCCAAAAUUAUAAAGUUUAGGUAAA